AUGGUGUUACCACUGUCACUUUUGCGUACAGCGCAGAAUCAUCCGAUGUUAGUUGAAUUGAAAAAUGGUGAGACUUAUAAUGGACACUUGGUUGCAUGCGAUGCGUGGAUGAAUAUCCAUUUAAGGGAUGCUAUCUGUACAUCACGUGAUGGUGAUCGCUUCCUGAAAAUGCAAGAAGUGUAUGUAAGAGGUUCAACGAUCAAAUAUUUACGGAUUCCAGACGAUGUGGUAGAAUUGGUGAAGGAAGAGGUUAAGGAGGUACGUAGACAGCAGAAAGAUCAGCAACGUGCCAAACGUAAUUUGCAAGGAGUUCGAGGUGGCGGACAACAAGGUCGAGGAGGAGUUUCUGGUGCUCGUGGACGCGGUGGAGGUCAGCAUGGAUGGAAAGCGGUUCAGUGA